AUAUUUUCUAUAAAUCUGUCAUUGUUCCUCUUGUUUUCAUUUGCGGUAGAGUAUGAAUCAAAGAGUAAAUUAAUAUAAAUGAAUUAAUUACAACAAUAAUAAAUAUUGUAGUGCACAAAUAUUUGUUGAAGCCCCCAAUGUUAUUAGUUCGUAUUUAUAGGGAAGUGAAGUAAAAAAAAUAGGUAAUCAUCUCUGUGAUCUCCUUGCACCCUCACAACCCAGCCAUCUGUAGAUGGGACCUUGACCCGAGUCACUAGGAACAGAAUUGUACACUAGGAGCAGUAGCAAAAUGAUGAAGACGGCAGUGACAGUGCUGCAGGAGAUGAUGAUCAAGAUGUGCGAGGUGCCCAAGUACGAGUGCAUAGCGCAGUCGGGCCCGCAGCACCAGGCCACGUUCGAGUACCGCUGCGAGGCGCGCGGCGUGGUCGUGUGCGGGCGCGCGCGCUCCAAGAAGGAGGCCAAGCAGGAGGCGGCGCGGCUCAUGCUGCAGCAGCUGCACGCGCGCGGCGUGCCCGUGCCGGCGCCCUACGCCACGCCGCCGCCGCGCGCCGCGUCGCCCGCCGCGCCCGCCUCGCCCGAGCGGCCCGCGCUGCCCGGGCCCGCCGCGCCCGCCGCGCCCGACGCGCGCAGCUCCGUGGCGCUGCUGCGCGAGCUGUGCGAGGAGUACCGCCUGGGCGAGGUGCAGUACGAGCUGGUGGGCGACACGGGCCCGCCGCACCUGCGCCACUUCACCGUGCGCGCCGCGCUGGGCCUGCACCAGCGCUCCGCCACCGCCACCACCAAGAAGCAGGCGCGCCAGCAGGCCGCCGAGCAGCUGUACACCUACCUGCGCGAGAACCUCGCGCGCCUCACCAGGGACUUCGUGGAGGAGGAGGCGCUGCAGCGCGCGCAGGAGAAGUCGAUCCUGCGCGCGCGCACGGACGAGGCGCUGGAGCGGCGAGGACACGUGCGCGCGCGGGUUGCAGGCGCUGGCCGAGCCGCAGGAGGCGCCCGAGCGCGCGCUGCGCCGCGUGUGCGACGAGCUGGGCCUGCGCCUCGAGACCCUGGCGCUGGGCGCCGCAGACACGGAAUCGGUGUCGGUGGUGAGGCUGGCGUCCACGUCGCCGGCGCUGUCGUUUGCGGGCCCCACGGCCGCCGCCGCCGCCACCGCCGCGCUGCGCUACCUGCGCCGCACGCUGGCGGAGCAGCCGGCCGCGCCGCAGCCGCACUAGUCGCCUGCGCUACCUGCGCCGCACGCUGGCGGAGCAGCCGGCCGCGCCGCAGCCGCACUAGUCGCCUGCGCUACCUGCGCUGCACGCUGGCGGAGCAGCCGGCCGCGCCGCAGCCGCACUAGUCGCCUGCGCUACCUGCGCCGCACGCUGGCGCCGCUGCCGCACUAGUCGCCUGCGCUACCUGCGCCGCACGCUGGCGCCGCAGCCGCACUAGUCGCCUGCGCUACCUGCGCCGCACGCUGGCGGAGCAGCCGGCCGCGCCGCAGCCGCACUAGUCGCCUGCGCUACCUGCGCCGCACGCUGGCGGAGCAGCCGGCCGCGCCGCAGCCGCACUAGUCGCCUGCGCUACCUGCGCCGCACGCUGGCGGAGCAGCCGGCCGCGCCGCAGCCGCACUAGUCGCCUGCGCUACCUGCGCCGCACGCUGGCGGAGCAGCCGGCCGCGCCGCAGCCGCACUAGUCGCCUGCGCUACCUGCGCCGCACGCUGGCGGAGCAGCCGGCCGCGCCGCAGCCGCACUAGUCGCCUGCGCUACCUGCGCCGCACGCUGGCGGAGCAGCCGGCCGCGCCGCAGCCGCACUAGUCGCCUGCGCUACCUGCGCCGCACGCUGGCGGAGCAGCCGGCCGCGCCGCAGCCGCACUAGUCGCCGCAGAUAUUGUCAUGUUUACGAUUUUAGAAAUGAUUCACGCGGCAAAUACAAAAGCAGAGAGGGUACAAAAUUGUAUGAAGCCUGUAAUAGUAUUGCAUUUCUUAAAUAUAGUAUAAAUAAAAUGAAAAAGCUUUUACUUCAGUAGGUACCAUUUUUACAAUUUCAACUUAUAAUCUAACAUUAAUUAAAAAUAAAUAAUUACACUAAGUACAAAUCGCCUGUACGGCGAAGGCUCCCCCAAAUCUUUCCACUAUUCUUUGCUGUACGCAUCCAGACCUUGCCACUCGUUUGUGAGAAGGCGUCUCUCUAUCUGCUUUUCUGACGUCCUCUUUUUCUUUUUUCGCCCCCUACUCCUAGCUACCCAUUCGGUCACCCUUUUGGUCCAUCUAUCGUUCUCCCAUCUACAGAUAUGCCCAGCCCAUUUCCACUUUAAAAAUCGGAUCCUUUUAUUAUAUCCAUCAGUUGUGCUUUCCCCUUAUUGUUUUGUUUCUUUCUCGGCCCUUAAUUUUUACACCCAGUAUGCUUCAUUCUAUUUUCCUCUGGCAGAUAAAAAGUUUAUCCUCCUCUUCUUUUUUUUAUAAAUAAUAUAUAAGACUAAAUUCUUAACUUCUGAUAACGGAGAAGCUGUUUCCUCAUUCAUCAUAAUUACGAGCAGAACCGCUGACCUGACAUUGGUCAUCGGCUCUGCCAUUUGCACGGUUCACUUCGCAUAACCUCACUAAUCGCUUACACAGUUAACUACUCAGUUUUACUAUUUAUCCUGAUAUUUAUGGUAGAGGAAACACCUCGAGCAGAUUGUAUCAUUGUACGCCAUACGUGUCAAGGAUGGCAAACACCCAAAGCAACACUAUCAAUUAUUACCGGAAUGACUUACUACUACAGUUCUACCCUCUAACUACAAUAUUGAUCAAGGAUAGCGUUGAUACUAUCAGAUGAAAACCAGGAUUAACAUUAUCAUGAAAUUUUAAUCAUUAUUUAAUUAUCAUUUGAAGAAAUACGUGUCGAUUUUUGAGCUCCACAACACUGGCAGCAGAGGGCACCAGUCACUUACAGUGCCAGUGUACGUGCGUUGGCGUGUACACAUGUCUUGUACCGAAUCGUAAAUCUAUGUGUGUAACUGUAUAACAUUCUAUAUAUAUUAAAUAUAUAAAUAAAUACACUUGUGUCAAA